CCUAAGGUCCUAAGCUUACCUACAUAGCAGGUACCUACAGGUAGGCUAUGAGGGUACAUAGUAGUUUACCUAAUAACAUCCAAAAAGGGGGUAAAUACAAACACACUUACACCUAUGUACACUCUCAACAUUAAACCAUGACAACCACAACCGUAAUCCUGGGCGCCGGCAUCAUCGGCACCUCCACAGCCUACUACCUCUCCAAGCACCAGCCCCCCUCCAGCAUCCACCUCGUCGAGCCCUCCCCCUCCCUCUUCGCCUCCGCCUCCGGAUAUGCGGGCGGGUUCCUCGCCAAAGACUGGUUCUCGCCCGCCGCGGCUAGCUUAGGCGCGCUGAGCUUCGAGGAGCACCGGAAGAUGGCGGAAAAGGAGGGAGGGAGGAGGGGGUGGGGGUAUGCUGGGAGCACGUGUUUUAGCCUUGGGAAAGGAGAGGGGGGAGGGGAAGGGGGGAGGGUGGAUGUGUGGUGUCGGGAUGGCGCGAGCCGGGCUGAGGCUGCGGGUGCUGGGGGUGAGGGGGGUGGGAAGUUGACGGGGGUGGUGCCGUCGUGGGUUAAGAGGGUUGAGGGCAAUGCGGUGGAGGUUAUUAGCGAGGAGGGGAGUGUUGCGCAAGUAGACCCCCUCCAGCUCUCCCACUUCCUGCUGCAAAAAUGCCUCGACGCCGGCGUCCGCCUGCACCACCCCGCGCAAGCCAUCUCCGUGCAAGCAGACGCGCGCAACAACGAAGUGUCGAGCGUGACCAUCGCCAACGCCACAUCUGGCUCGGAGACAGACAUCCCGUGCGCCAACAUCGUGAUCGCGGCCGGCGCGUGGUCGCCGAGGGUUUUCGAGGCGCUGUUUCCCGGCUCCGGGGUUAGGCUGCCGGUCGGGUGUAUUGCGGGGUGGUCGGUUGUUGUGAGGAGCCCGCGCUGGACGGAGAAGCGCGGGGAAGAGGGAGGGUGCCACGCGGUCUUCACGACGACGACGCAGCCGGGGUACUCGCCCGAGCUGUUCUCGCGAGUGGGCGGGGAGAUAUACGUCGCGGGGCUGAACUCGACGACGGAGCCGCUGCCGGACUUGCCUACUGAUGCGAAACCUCGGAUUGAUAGGGGUGCGGUGGAGAAGCUGUGCGGGACGGUUAGGGAGGUGUUGGGCGUAGGGGAGGAUGAUGUGGAGGUAGUAAGGGAAGGCCUGUGCUUCCGCCCCGCGACCGAUCGGGGCACGCCCAUUCUGUGCCGUAUCCCGGAUGGGUUGCUCGGGUCGGGCGUGGCGACGAGGCCGGCGCCGGAAGGGGGUGUAUACCUCGCGACGGGACACGGGCCGUGGGGGAUCAGUAUGAGUUUGGGCACGGGGAAGGUUAUGGCGGAGAUGAUUCAGGGGAGGGCGUUGAGCGCGGAUGUUUCGGGGCUAGGGUUGGAUGUUUGAUUGUCUAACCUAGGUGAUAGAUAGGUGCCUAGAGCUACUAGGGACGUGAGGUUAGGUAUGUAUAAUAUACGUUUACCCUUCUGCAGAAGUGCGUAGAUGCCGUGGUUCAACCGAUCUAUACAGCAUACUCCAUUACAAGUUCCCUCUCGAGGGGUCACAGAGGUAAGAUCAAUGCUUAAAAUCAACACAGCAUUUGUCCUUCAAAAUAGCCAAG